GGGGGCCACCACCCGCCUCACCAAAGGAUAUGCAUCUCUCUGGAAAGGAUGCCUGACACUUUACACAGGACGAGGUGGUGAGCUGCACAAAAUUGGGGAGUUCUGCAUGGUAUACUCAGAAGUGCCAAACUUCAGUGAGCCCAACUCAGAACAUAUCGGGCAGAACAAGCUGGCACAGGGUGAACAGAAUAAUAGUUCUGCAUCAAGUAAUAUGGGUUCUUGUACUUUUGGGCCACUGGGAAAUGGUUUACAAACUGGACCUGAAUCUGGAUUUCCAUUUACAUAUAAUCAUGGCCCCACUUACACAGGUAGUGGGAGAGGCAAUGGGCGAGGACCUGUAAAUCCAGCACCAGCUAAUAGUGUUCAGCCUCAUCUCCCUGCUGUCAGUAAUGGGAGGGACCCACGCAGAGCCUUUAAAAGAUGACUAUGCCAAAUGUGGUUGUACAGCUUGCUUAAAGUCCACACUCUACUUGAACACUUAUUGCACUUUUAUUUAUAGUUAACUGUGAACCAGUUU